UUCAAGAAAUGAGCCAAACCAGUGGAGAAAAACUGUAAGGUGGAUGAGUAGACCAGUCCCUUCCAGGGGUGGUUCAUCCGUUUGAAAUAAUGUAUGAGUUGUAUUGCAUGAGUCACGAGGGCCCAGCCAGAUGCUUCACAGGACAAAUCUGCACUCAGUUAAUCGUUAACCAGACUGUCAGCUGGCUCUCACAGCUCCUGUAUAUAAGACGGAAAUUUCUGGCGAACUGUCUGCAGCAAAGUGGACUUCAAAGGUAAGCCCCACUGCCGAGUUGUCGUUCCGUAUAUGUUCAAAUGUAGAGGUGCGAGGGAACUAAUUCGACUUUUCCCCAACAGGCUCCAAAGAUGCAUAGUACCUUUGCCAGCUGCGUUAUCGCAGCAGUGUUUGUGGCCGUAGCCCUGGCUGAUCACCACGACCACGACCACCACCACGGCCACGACCACCACAGCCAUGAGGAAUCCUACGCCUGUCACAAGCUGUCCGAACCCAACGCUGAGUUUGCGCUGGCCCUCUACAAGAAGCUGGAUGCCCACACUGAAGCCGGAAAGAACAUCUUUUACUCUCCGAUCAGCAUCUCGGCCGCCCUGUCCAUGCUGUCUUCCGGGGCCCGCGGUGACACCCGCAGCCAGCUGAUGUCCACCCUGGGCUACGCCGCUCUGAACCAGACCCAGGUAGAUGACGGUUACGAGCAUUUUUUCCACGUUCUUGAACAUCAACAGGCGAACCAACAGCUGGAUGUGGGCAACAUCGUCGCAGUUAGAACAGGCUUCCAGCCCAGUCAGCAGUUUGUGGCGGAUAUAAAGCAACACUACGUCGGCGAGCUCCACAAUGUCGACUUCGCCAACCCCGAGGAAGCUGUGGCCCAGAUCAACAAACUGAUCGCCAGCAAAACGCACAACAAGAUCAAAGACAUGGUGAAGGACUUGGACCCUGGGACGGUCAUGAUGCUGCUGAACUGCGUCUACUUCAGAGGACAGUGGGAACACCCCUUUGAAGCCAAAGUGACGAGUAAAGAAGACUUCCAUGUGGACGAGUCUACCACAGUUCAGGUGGACAUGAUGAAGACGACGGGGAGCUACGACAUCUAUGAGGACAAUGACAACCACACCACGGUCGUCAGGCUGCCCUACAAGGGCAACACCUCCAUGAUCAUUGUCCUGCCCGAUGAGGGCAAGAUGAAGGAGGUGGAGGACGGCUUCACCAUGGAGCGUUUCCAACACUGGACACAAUCCUUCUUCAAGAAUAUCGUCGACCUUUCCAUGCCCAAGUUCUCCAUCUCUGCCGAAGCCUCCCUGAAGCAGAUACUUCAAGAACUGGGAGUAACUGACGCUUUCUCAGUUGCCGCUGAUUUCUCUGGCUUGUCUGAAGACAUUAAACUCAUAGUCUCAAAGGUUUCCCACCAGGCCGUGCUGAGCGUGGAUGAGACGGGGACGGAGGCAGCGGGCACGACCACCAUUGAAUUGGGUCGCAAGAGCUCUCUCGGGUUGGUCAAUCUCAACAGACCCUUCCUGGUCUUCAUCGUGGAUUCUCGCACGGAGACCAUCCUCUUCAUGGGCAAGAUCAACAACCCCACGGCCUUGUAAGAGGAAGCCAGGGGGGAAGCACUUCGGCUCAUGCUUACCUCAACGUCAGAACGGGACCAACGUCUGUAUCAGUGUAUUCUGAACCUG